AUGCCUCAUAAAUUUUCUAACUUGGAGAAGCUUGAGCUGGCUCUCCGUCUAACAUGCAUAGUACCUUGGCAGAUGUUUGCUUCCGUAUCACGCUCCCUCCUGAUUUCCUGGACUAGAGGCCUCCCGGCGCGUUUAUUUCUUGUUUGUGCAGUCAUCAAGGUAGUUUUACGAACCUUCUCUCCCCGGCAGAUUCAGUACUUGUCCCUUUCGACUAAAGACGUAUACAAGUCUUGGAUAGGACGAAGAAUUGCCAAGACCAAGAAAGUAGGAGACCUAACGGCGGCUGCAAGACUUCGCUAUGACUGGGAGCCUCUAGAUGACGGAAAUUCGUCGCUACUUUGGAUUGGUAAUCGGCGUGAAGCAAAGAAGGUCAUUCUGUUUUUUCACGGUGGAGGUUAUGUUUGCCCACUCCUGCCGGGUCAUCUAGAAUGGUGUUGGCGGGCGUAUGUUGCUGCUGGCAUUGAGAUGGAAACCGAAGUCGCAGUGGCAGUCCUCGAAUACACACUCUGUCCUGAGGCGAGAUACCCGGUACAACUCCGCCAGGCUGCCGACGCCCUAGCCCAUCUUUUAUCUUCAAAGGUUCGACCUCGAGAUAUCGUUAUUGGAGGGGACUCUGCGGGUGCGAAUUUGACAGCGCAGCUGCUGUGCCAUCUGAUUGAACCCCAUCCCGCAGUCCCAGAAGUUUUAUUGCCUGAGCCAUUGCUAGGGGCGUUCCUUGUCUCACCGUGGGUCACGCGCUGCACCGACGAUGCAUCAUUCAGGGAAAAUUGUUGGAUUGAUAUGCUUUCUGGCCCUACCGUAGACAAGUCCACGAGGGAGCUGCUGGGUCCUGAUAUCGAAGAGACGUCAGCCAGCCUUGCAUUUCCUCUUGAUAGGGAUAAGUCGUGUUUUGAGGGCAUGGAAUCUAUCCUGAAGCAGCUUUACAUCAGCGUGGGGGUUCAUGAGGUCUUCAGAGACCAGGGCAUUACCCUUGUCCAUGAGAUCCGUUACUUGAAUCCCAAGCUGGAUGUGCGUGUCGAUAUGCAGACCAGGCAAGCACAUGACUUUAUCUUGCUUGAGGGUCAGGAAGAACGAGAUGGAGAGUGCAUCCAGCAUAUGAAAGAUUGGAUGAGAGAUUUGCUAGCUAUAAAAUUCAACAAGGGCUAG